ACAAACAUACAAGCGUAAUACUGUCAACACAUAAAUACAAAAAAAUAGGCAUGGGGUUGCUUGAUCAAGUCAAUAGCACCAUCAUCUUGGAAGAGCGUAUCUCAGAGAAGAAAUCACAGUCUCGCUGGCAUGCAGACAGUCUUGUCACCCCCAGUCAAGGAUUUCAAGGCGGAUCCAGUGAAAUUAUGAUGGACAGCACCAAGAUCCUGGGGGUCCAAAUCAUACUGAUAAUGGCUUAUUCUCUCAUCAUUCUGCUGGGAUUCAUUGGCAACUCCUUGGUCAUCUAUAUGAUAGUGAGAUACAAAACCAUGAGGACUGUAACCAACUUUUUCAUAGCUAACUUAGCUCUGGCCGACUUAAUGGUGGAUACUUGCUUGCCCUUUACUCUGGCUUACACUCUGCUGGAUGAGUGGAAGUUUGGGGCUGUACUUUGUCACUUGGUGUCCUGUGCUCAAGCUUUAAGUGUUCAUGUAUCUAUUCUCACAUUAACUGUGAUUGCCCUUGAUAGGUACAGAUGUAUUGUUUUUCAUUUAGACAGUAGAAUAUCCAAGAAAAUCAGCUUCACCAUCAUAGCGAUUACAUGGCUGGUUGCUGCGCUCCUGGCUAGUCCCCUAGCUAUCUUUCGAGAAUACAGAUACGAAGAAAUUCCAUCCAUCAACCUCAGAAUAGCUGUCUGCUCAGAGAAAUGGCCUUCUGGCAGCAGAGAUGCCACUAUAUACAGCUUAUCCAUGCUCAUCCUGCAAUAUGUCUUCCCUCUUUCUAUCAUCUGUUAUGCCUACAUCAGGAUAUGGUUCAAACUGAAAAGCCACAUUAGUCCUUCUGCUACAAAUGAGACUCACUGCCGCAGGAAAAAGACCACAAAGAUGCUUUUCAUGGUCGUCGUGGUGUUUGCCGUCUCUUGGCUACCCUUCCAUGCUUUCCAGCUUGCCGCAGACUUAGAUAUGGCACUUGCCCUCCGUGAUUAUAAACUCCUUUAUACGGUAUUUCAUGUCAUAGCUAUGUGUUCCACUUUUGCAAACCCUUUGCUCUAUGGCUGGAUGAAUAAGAACUACCGCAAUGGAUUCCUUAUGUUCUUCCGUUGUCAGAAAAAGCCGGAGAGGUUCUAUGCAGAGGGAUCAGUUCGGGGGAGGUCCUUCACUUUCAAGGCUACUACCUUGAAUGGGAGCAUCAAGCACUCCACAGGUGACGGACAGCUACCAACACCGGUUUAGUACAUAACAGCUUCAUCUCCACAAAAGGCCUGAACCGCAAUGUUGCCCACCUAAACUGUUGCCCCCCCCAAAAUAAAAAUGUGUUGAAUUGCCAAAAUGCGGUCAUUGUCAUAGUUAGAUGAAAGCACUUUAUCUGUGUACCAUCCAUUCUGCUCUCCCAAGUUAAACAGUUCUUGCCUCCAGUUUGUGUUUUGUGUUGCAAAAGAAGCAGAAAUCAUGUCAUUCCAGCAUGCUUUAGUUUAUGAGAAUAAAUAAAUAAAUUCUACUGUUAUUUGAAGGACAGGAGGAAUAGAAAUAGAAGGGUGGGCAGGGAGAUGUGGACGUGGAAGCCUCGUGGUCCUGCACGGGCCAGAUUAAUGGCUUCGGCGAGCUGUAUAUGGCCCCCGGGCCGUAGUUUGAGGACCCUUGUUGUAAAGUAAUUAAUCCUAACUUCUAUUUAAAAAGGCAAUAUUUGGUUUUUGAUUUCCAACAGAAAAGAUGGACUCUAAAUGUUUCCAGGCUAAUGUUGGUGAUAGUGACACCCACACAGCACUCCACAAUCACUUUUUGCAUUUCAUUCACUGGUUAAAGUGAUUGUUAAAUCUUGUUCUUUAAUAAGUAAAUAUUUAUUUGGGGAAUUAAAAUUCCUGUUCUUCUUGACUGUCAUGAAUAUUUCAUAUUAUGAGAUUGCUUUCCUACAUUUUCUGUUGGAAGGAUUCUAUGGUGUCAUCCAUAUCCUUCAUUCUUGGUAAGUGUCUUAUUGCGAAAAGCAGGUCCUAUAAUACAGCUAGUCCUUGACUUACAAUAAUUCAUUAAGUGACCAUUCAAAGUUACAACAACACUGAAAAUGUGACU